AUGGCUGCUGCAUCUGUUCAAUCUGUGGGGACUGACCAGCCGUCGCACGAUCGAGCACCGAGCGCCACGGUAUCGGCCACGGUGCCUUUCGACAAUGUGCGCGUUCUGCCCCAGACGCCGCAGCUCAUCGCGUUGCUCUCGAUCAUUCGAAACAAAGAUACGGAGCGGGCUGAUUUCAUCUUCUACUCGAAUCGAAUCAUCCGGCUACUUGUCGAGGAGGGCCUGAAUCAUCUGCCCGUUAUCCAGCACGACAUCAUCACGCCGGUCGGCCGCACCUACAAUGGCCUCAUGUUCCAGGGCAAGAUAUGCGGCGUUUCCAUCAUGCGGGCAGGCGAGGCCAUGGAACAGGGCCUCCGAGACUGCUGUCGCUCAGUGCGUAUAGGCAAGAUACUGAUCCAGCGAGACGAGGAUACGUCGCAACCCAAGUUGUUUUACGACAAGCUUCCAGAGGACAUCGCCCACAGAUGGGUUUUACUACUCGAUCCCAUGUUUGCCACGGGCGGGUCGGCCAUUAUGGCGGUGCAGGUAUUGAAGGCACGAGGUGUUCCCGAAGAUCAUAUCCUAUUCCUCAACUUGAUUGCAAGCCCCGAAGGCGUCAGCAACUUCGCCACACAGUUUCCCCGGCUCAAAGUCGUCACUGCCUUCAUCGACCAGGGCUUGGAUGAGAAGAAUUAUAUAGUACCUGGUCUUGGAGAUUUCGGUGACAGGUUUUAUACCAUCUGA